UACUCGUUCUCGCAGAUGGGGAUGGCGUCGGGUGUUAUCUUGCAGAUCUUCUACGGCUUCAUGGGGAGUUGGACCGCCUACCUCAUCAGCGUCCUCUACAUCGAGUACCGUUCCAGGAAGGAGAAGGAGAACGUUAGCUUCGAGAAUCACAUCAUCCAGUGGUUCGAGGUGUUGGAUGGGCUGCUGGGGCCGACCUCGAAGGCCAUCGGACUCGCCUUCAACUGCAGCCUCCUCCUCUUUGGCUCCGUCAUCCAACUCAUUGCUUGUGCCAGUAACAUUUACUACAUCAAUGAUCGGCUGGACAAGCGAACAUGGACCUACAUAUUUGGGGCCUGCUGCGCCACCACAGUGUUCAUCCCUUCCUACCAAAACUACAGGGUUUGGUCCUUUCUCGGCCUUGGCAUGACUACCUACACCGCCUGGUACCUCACCAUCUCCGCCGUCGUCCAUGGUCAGGUGGACGGCGUGACGCACUCCGGUCCAACCAAACCGGUGUUGUACUUCACCGGCGCCACCAACAUCCUCUACACCUUCGGCGGCCACGCCAUCACCGUGGAAAUCAUGCACGCGAUGUGGAAGCCGCAAAAGUUCAAAUAUCUCUACCUACUGGCGACGCUGUACGUGUUCACGCUGACACUGCCGUCGGCGGCCACCGUCUACUGGGCGUUCGGCGACCAGCUGCUGACGCACUCCAAUGCGUUCUCGCUCCUGCCCAGGUCUGGGUGGCGCGACGUGGCGGUGAUCCUGAUGCUGAUCCACCAGUUCAUCACCUUUGGCUUCGCGUGCACUCCGCUGUACUUCGUGUGGGAGAAGCUGAUCGGGAUGCACGGUACCAAGAGCAUCUUCCUCCGCGCCGUCGUCCGCCUACCGGUCGUCGUGCCCAUUUGGUUCCUCGCCAUCAUCUUCCCCUUCUUCGGCCCCAUCAACUCCGCCGUCGGCGCCCUCCUCGUCAGCUUCGCCGUCUAUAUCGUCCCCACAGUGGCUCACAUCCUCACCUUCCGCACCCCCGCCGCGCGCCAGAAUGCAGCAGAGAAGCCGCCGUUCUUCCUCCCUAGCUGGACGGGGAUGUUCGUUCUCAAUGUCUUCAUCGCGGGGUGGGUUCUCGUCGUCGGGUUCGGGCUCGGCGGGUGGUCGAGCAUUGCCAACUUAGUGAAGCAAGUGGACACCUUCGGGCUCUUCGCCAAGUGCUAUCAGUGCCCGAAACGGCAACCACGGCCGGCCGGGGGGCCGCAACAGCUGCCUCACUGAUGAUCAUGU